CACUCCCUCCCUCCACACUACCCACCCUACCUCAAUCCCCUCUCCGCAUUUCACCAGAUCGAGCGCCGCCUGCCUAGGGUUUGCCCCCGCCGGCAGCGAGCGAUGCCCGCGUCCUCCGUCUCCGGGGGCAGCGGCCCCGGCGGCGUCUCCCCGGACGCCAUCAUCGAGUGGCUGCAGGACGAGAUGGGGUACCCCUCGGCCCCGCCGGCCCCGGAGCAGCUCCGCAAGAUCUGCCGGGGCAACAUGAUCCCCGUCUGGUCUUUCCUCCUCCGCCGCGUCCGCUCCGAGCGGACCGUCGCCACCGCUCGCCGCAACAUCCUCGUCCAUGGCGUCGCGGCCCGGCGGGCGCGGGAGGGCGGGGCCAUGGGGGCGGGGGCCGGCGACGCCGCGGCCAGGGAGGCCGAGGCGAGGGAGCGGGACCUCGCCGCCGAGGAGGCCGAGCGGCUGCGCGGGGUCGUGAGGCGGCAGCGCAAGGAGCUCCGCGCGCGCAUCGCGGAGGUCGCCAGGGAGGAGGCCGAGCGCAAGCGCGUCCUCGGCGAGCGUUCCAAUGCCAGGCACAAGCAAGUUAUGCUCGAGGCAUAUGAACAGCAAUGUGACGAAGCAUGCAAAAUAUUUGCUGAAUACCAGCGCCGGCUACAUCAGUUCGUUAACCAAGCAAGGGACGUGCGAAGGUCAAGUAUAGGUGUCUCUGGAGCUGCAGGUGCUGUUGAGGAUAUGCAAUUGCAGAGUGAUAGAGAAAACCUUUACUCAUCGACUAUCAAAAGCAAUAGGUUGCCAGAGGAUCUUGUAGAAACUGCAGGUGAAAGGAGCAUUCGGAAGGCAUGUGAAACUCUUGCUGCAGAUAUGAUUGAAACGAUUCGGAGUUCAUUCCCAGCAUUUGAAGGGAGUGGCAUUAAUUCAAGCUGCCAAUUAGAUGUGGCAAAACUGGGCAUUGACUUGGAUGGUGACAUACCAACAGAUGUUAAAGCUGUCGUGUUGGAUUCCCUAAAGAAUCCAACCUUGCUUCUGCAGUCAAUCAUCACCUACACAUCACGCAUGAAAACACUUAUACAUAGAGAAACAGACAAGAUCGACAUACGCGCUGAUGCAGAACUGCUGAGGUAUAAAUAUGAAAAUGAGCAGGUUAUUGAUGCUGCUUCAACUGAUGCGAGCUCACCCUUACCGUAUCAGGUGUAUGGCAAUGGGAAGACUGGAUCUCAGUUGUCAACUCGAGGAACAUAUGAUCAGCUACUAGAAAGACAGAAAGAACAUGUCCAGCAAUUUUUAGCAACAGAAGAUGCUUUGAACAAAGCUGCAGAAGCUAAAGCUCUAAGUCAGAAGCUAUUGCAACGCCUGCAUGGCACCAUUGACAUGGCAGGAAGUAAGAAGCUGCCUACUGGGAAUACCUCACAGAAUGUGACCAACAGUAGGCAUUUAGAGCUGGACGUUUGGGCCAAGGAAAGAGAAGUUGCGGGGCUAAAGGCAAGCUUGAGUACACUUACAUCUGAGGUACAACGUCUGUAUAAGUUAUGUGCUGAAUGGAAGGAAGCAGAAGAUUCACUAAAGAAGAAGUGGAAGAAAAUCGAAGAAUUUGACGCUCGUCGAUCAGAGCUGGAAUGCAUUUACAGUGCUCUUCAACGGGCCAAUAUGGAUGCAUCAGCAUUUUGGGAGCAACAACCAUUAUCAGCUAGAGGAUAUGCGUCAAGUACGAUUAUUCCUGCGUGCAAUGCUGUGGUAGACAUGUCUACGAACUCAAGAGACCUCAUAGAGCGAGAAUUGGCUGCAUUUGGCCAGAGCUUGGAUAAUAGCUUGUGCAGAUUGCCAGCAACUCCUCAGGCCCUUUUGGAGGCUGUGGGUUCUAGCGGUGUGACCGGAGCUGAAGCACUUGCAGCUGCGGAAAAACAUGCAGCUUUGUUAACUGCAAGAGCUGGUGCCAGAGAUCCAUCUGCUGUGCCAUCUAUAUGCCGCAUCUCUGCUGCCCUUCAGUAUAAUUCCGUUUCACCAGGUACUGAAGGCACAGAUUCUGGCUUGGCUUCAGUAUUAAAUUCACUGGAGUUCUGCCUGAAACCUUGUGGGUCUGAAGCUAGUAUAUUAGAAGAUUUAUCAAAAGCUAUCAACUUGGUGCACACACGGAGAAAUCUUGUUGAGAAUGACCGUGUUUUGCUGAACCGUGCACAUCGUGCUCAGCAAGAAUAUGAAAGAGUGGCCAACUAUUGCCUUAAAUUAGCCGGUGAACAAGAAAAGGUGGUGAGCGAAAGAUGGCUGCCGGAACUGAGAAAUGCAGUUCAAGAAGCUCGAAGGUGUUUUGAAGAUUGCCAGCGCGUUAGGGGCCUGGUAGAUGAGUGGUACGAGCAGCCAGCAGCGACAAUCGUGGAUUGGGUAACAAUAGACGGACAGAGCGUUGGUGCCUGGAUCAACCUCGUGAAGCAACUGCACAUGGAGAUCUCCAGACGGACGCUUGCCAUGUCAUCGGUAGGCGACGACUGAGGCAAGCAGCUGCGACUCCUGCUGGCCUGAUCCUUUGGGGGCUCCGUGAUCGGUUUGGUUUGACUCCAAGAUAUCUGAUAUCUGCUUGAUAGCUAUGUGCCACUGUAGUUUAUACGCUUCUUCUUUUUGGGGUUUGGCUUGUAAUUAGCUUAUUACAUGUGCUUUUUGUAUGUCUUCAUGUGUUCAAGUUGCCCUCUUGUGGUGUGGCUAAUUGCUGAUUUGCUCUGCUCCUGGCUUCGUUGU